GCAGAGGGGUUUUGCUAGUGUUUUCGGUGGGAGACAGACUUUCUCAGUCACUGCUGUCCCCUACAUUUAUCCUAUCUUGGCAUCCCCUAACUGACCAUACGUACAUAUUUUCAGCAUCCUUGUUAAGAUAGACAGAUGUAUAAGUUGUUGUUACAACUUUGCUAACUUGACAAAUGGUUCCUCUGAAGAGAAGGAAAGUGGUCCCAACGCAUUCUACUACCGAGAAUGACAACAACAACCAACCCACCAAAUUUCCCGGCAUUGUUAUUUUUCUUGUUGAGAGAAAAAUGGGAGCAAGUCGGAGGGCAUUUCUAUCUCGACUGGGACGUAACAAGGGAUUCCAGAUAGCGGAAAAGUACAGUGAGGCUAUUACGCAUGUUGUCGCGGAGAAUAAUUCAGGGGAUGAGGUCAAGGCCUGGCUUGGGAGUCAAGCUGGUUGCUCCUCGGCUGAAGAGGUUUACCUGCUGGACAUCAGCUGGUACACUGAAAGCAUGGCUGCAGGUACUCCUGUGGAUAUUCUGGAUAGACACAAAUUAGAGGUGAGCCAUGCUCAUCAGAGCCCAACUCUCCCAGCAGCUGCUACAAAGAGGUACGCCUGUCAAAGAAGAACCCCACUGAAGCAUCAUAACAUAUUCCUGACGGAACCUCUAGAUCUGUUGGCAGCGAGCGCUGAUUUUGCUGAGCACGAGGGCAGGAGCGUGGCGUUUCUCAGGGCGGCGGCCAUCUUGAAGACGCUGCCGAAAGCUGUGCGGAGGAUGGAGGAUCUGCAGGGGCUGCCGUGCCUGGGGGAGCACUCACUCCGGGUCAUCAAGGAGAUUCUGGAGUAUGGUUCAUCACAAGAGGUGGAGGCCACUAGACACUCUGAGCAGUUUCAGGCCAUGCAGGCGCUGACUGGCAUAUUUGGAGUUGGGGUGAGGACGGCUGACCGCUGGUUUAGAGAGGGACUGAGGAGUCCCUCUGAUGUGGCUAAAUCUGAACAAAGGCUCAACGACACCCAACAAGCAGGGCUGAUGCACCAUGAGGACCUGAGCCAGCGUGUCAGUCGUGUGGAGGCGGAUGCCAUUGGCCAGAUUGUGGAGAGGGCGGUGCAGGAGAUCCUACCAGGAGCCCAGAUCACCCUGACUGGAGGAUUCAGGAGGGGGAAGGAGACAGGCCACGAUGUGGACUUCCUCAUCACCCACCCUGAGGAAGGGAAGGAGGAGGGGCUAAUGCCUAAAGUCGUCCAAUGGCUGGAGGCCCAGGGCCUGUUGCUGUUUCAGAAGAUCACCAUGAACUCCUACCUGGAGUGCAAAGACGGCCCCGCCCGUCCCUCUAGCUCCAUGGACCGCUUCGAGAGGUGCUUCUCCAUCUUCAAGCUACACAACAAGACCCACUCCCAGUCCCCGUCCCAGGCACCAAGAGGCACAGUAUGCCCCCCGCCCCAUGCCCAGGCCCCAUGUGACGCCACUGGGGGAGAGAAGGAGCCCCAGCCCCAAUGCAGCUCCUCUGGGUGGAAGGCCGUCAGGGUGGACCUGGUGGUCAGUCCUUACAGCCAGUUUGGGUUCGCUCUCCUGGGCUGGACAGGCUCGAAGCUGUUUGAGAGAGAGCUGAGGCGUUGGGCAGGGAGGGAGAAGAAAAUGUCUCUGAGUAGCCAUGCUCUCUACGACCUCAACCAGAGAUGCUACCUGAGAGCCACCACAGAGGAGGAGAUCUUCAGCCAUUUGGGACUGGAGUACAUCCCACCAUGUGAACGCAACGCCUGAUUGGUCAUGAGGUACAUCCCACCAUCCCAUCGCAACAUCCAAUUGGUCAUGAAGUACAUCCCAACAUGCGAUCGCAACAUCCGAUUGGUGAAAGCGCCUUGUGUUGGGGCGGGGGGACUCCCAACUCAAGGAUGACUCAAAAGAUGGUACAACAAGUUGAAUCUGCAUCACUAAAUGGCUGUUUGAAAUCGAAAUCUGUGAUUGGUCUUGUGGUACAUCCCACCAUGUGACCGCAACGGCUGAUUGGUCACGGAGCACAUCCCGUCAUGCAGUUGCCACAUCUGAUUGGUGAAGUGCCUUGAGGGGGGAGGGACUCUCAACUCUGAGGUGACUCAGCAGAUGCUAGUAUGGCACGGAUUUGAAUUUGCAUCACUUGAAUGGCUGUUUAAAAUCAAAAUCUCAGACCACAAAAUGGCCGUUUGCCCCCCUCUAUAAACCGUUCCAGCAUUGUUUACAGAUUAGUCAGCGGAGGCUUCAUAUGACUCAGAGGAUAUUUUGCAGUGCUUGGUCAUUUUUUCGUGAGCUAUUGCCAUGUGGAGGGAAAGGGUGGAGAUGAAGAGGAAAUUUAUGAGGUUUUUUGUUGUUGUUGAGGCAAGUGCUUUUUGUACAACUUGUACAUUUUGUUCAGUCGUUAGGUUAUUCUAAUGGUCAGAGGUUGAAUGCGGAGCUCUAUUAUUUCUCUCCCUUUUUUGGAGCAUCUUUUUUAUUUCGUACAUACCCUAUUGCUCUUCUACAUGGGAGAGGAGAGGA